ACGAAAGGUUCCGACCAACCUCACCCAUUUAGAAAACGAAAAACCUGAACCAAUUUCAAAACCAGGCUCUUCAAUGCAAACUUCUCUAAAUCUAGAUGAUCUAGAUGAAUUGUUUGGAGUUAUUUAG